CUUUAGCUGAAAUAUGAAGUUGAAAGAGCUGGAAGGUUGUUUACAGCAAGUUGACUCAUUUGAAAAUCCGAAGUUACUGUUAGAACAAUACCCUACAAGGCCACAUAUAGCAGCAUGUAUGCUCUAUACCAUUCACAACACAUUUGGCGAUAUUGAAGAUAAAGUGGUAGCAGAUCUUGGCUGCGGUUGUGGAGUUCUGAGCAUUGGAGCAGCGAUGUUGGGUGCUGGGUUGUGCUUAGGAUUUGAUGUUGACCCGGAUGCUUUGGAAAUAUUUAGGACAAAUGCUGAAGAGUUUGAGCUGACAAAUAUUGACAUGAUUCAGUGUGAUAUCUGCUCACUUCCAUCAGACAGUUUGGUAAAAUCAGUUGACACCGUGAUAAUGAAUCCUCCCUUUGGCACAAAGCACAAUAAAGGUAUGGACAUGGUAUUUCUAAGGACUGCACUGCAGAUGGCAAGAACAUCGGUAUAUUCACUGCAUAAAACAUCCACAAGGGAACACAUUAUGAAAAAGGCAGCUGACUGGAAGGUGAAGAUAGACGUACUAGCAGAGCUCAGAUAUGAUCUACCAGCAUCAUACAAAUUCCAUAAAAAGAAAUCUGUCGAUAUUGAAGUGGACUUCAUCAGAUUCUCACUUAACUGACAUCCUGUACCUGAAGACUUUAAAACAUGAUUUUUUUUUUAUUUAAGUUUUUGCUAUUUUUUCUAUAAAAGAAGCAAAUAAAACAUUGCUUUAAGUGAUUAGUG